GCGAGGCAACAACGCGUACAGCGGAUACGGUGGAACGCUUAGCGAAAUUCGAAAUUUAUUAAACAAAUUUUCCUACACACAAAAUACUACAUUUCGAGCGUUCAGAUUUUUUACGAAGUGUGUCUGUUGCUUAUGGCACUUGACCAAGACUGGGUGACUAACGUAUAUUAAUCGGUAUUUUUAUUCUGUUGUCGAAAGGAUCCAAAAAUCGUACGGCCAGCUGUCGGGGCUUGUCAGACGUGUGCAAUGAAAGUGAAAAAAUAAUAGAUGUUUUUUUUUGUUUUUUGUGCUGUGAAGAUUCUUGCACGCGAUGUGAGCAAUAUAAGUGCGCUAUGUGACGGUAUGCGAACGCGUCGAUCCGCAGAUCUGAAUGUGCCGGUUCACAGUGCGAAUUCGAGCGAUCCGCGCAGCUGAAUGCAAAACUCGUAAGCAACAACUAAACUGAUCGUGCCGAUUAAAAAUAAAUAAAGCAAUAUUGUGUAGAAAACAAAAAAUUAAAAAGAUUGUAGAAUGCGGUGAACUUCACCUUAACGUGCAAUAAAUAUCCGCACACACACACGCGCACAUAUAGGAAUUUGCAUGUGCAUCAGCUUUGGCGAGUGAACUUGUUCUGCGUUAUUAUUAUGAGUGAAUUGAUUGCAAAAAGCACAUACGUAUGUAUAUAGUGUUAUUGUCGAUGUGUUGUUGUAAUUAUAGUGUGUCUUCGCAACGCACAACGAGUCUGUGACAAUCAGGUGGCCAGCACGCGUGGUCAAAUUGGCAACGUAUGCCGCGGCUAUAUUUGGAUUUCCCACCAACACACGCUGCCACAGUGGCAACUGACGGCCCAUUACAAAUAGAUAAAACAGUUUGAGACUUGCCGAAGAUGCCACUUGGUCGCGGUGUCCACGCCGCGUAGACAUUUCAUAAAUAAGUGGGCGUCAAAAUGUGCCUUGACGCGUUCUUCGAACUUGGCAACCGACUCGAUAUCAAAGUGAAAAAUUAUAAUAAAUAUUUAUGUGUGUGAAUGUGAAAAGUGCGAUGUUCCAUAAAUAAAAGAGCACCGAUAAAGAACAAAAAGGCGGCUUAUGCACCUAGCGAAGUGAAUGGUGUACGUCAAGUGGCAGCUGGAAGGUGUGAAAAAGUGAAAAUUCUCAAACCAUUAAAAGUGUAAAAAGAUAAAAGUGAACGAAACAACAAUAAAAACGUACGAAGUAGCGGCAGAAGAGUGCUGCGCGUUCAAACAGUAUUUUCCGCAUUAGUAAUUGCGUGAAACGCCGAGCACAAUGCAAAACCUAUUGGCUGUUGUUGUAGUGCUAACCUGCCUGGGCGUGCAGAUUGCACAGCCAUUAGCCACCAGCUACGAUGAUGAGGCGCGUCGUGGCCUGGAAUUAUUAGAAAAUGAAAAUCUAGUGCAGCAGCAUCACGUGCGGCAUAGAACCGCACAUCUGCGCACAGCACACCACAGCCGCCACAGACAGCACGCUGACGUACGUGACGCGGCGAAAAGCGAAAGUGCCGCGGCGGCUGCUGUUGAAUCAACGACGCCAGCGUUGCCGGAUGAUGCAACCGAAAGUAUGUACUUACAACGUGGCGCGCACAAACAACAACAACACAAACUACGAUUACAAAUAGAUCUAGAUAAUCGUCUACAACAAGAGCAACAACAAAAGCAUAAUGCGCUGCACACGCAUGCGCAUCAUAGGAACGCGCAAAAGUCAAGGACUACGACAACGACGUCCACUACAGAAGCGACGGAUAAUGACACCGAAGCUGUUGUGGAUGCCAGUGAAAAAGAACUGGUUAAGCCGACUUGGCCGCCUACGAAACACAACGAACACACAAUUAACGCUGAUGAGGCGAACAAAGGCACGCAAAAUUAUUAUCAUCAGCCGAUAAUACGCCAACAACAGCAACUACAACAACUGCAACUACAGCAACUACAACAUCAACAGCAUCAUAAACACCACAAACUGCAGCCAGCGGCCGAUUUGAGUCGUACAAGCGCAACGCCGAUGACAUCUGUACCUCAUAUAAUACAAGCUCCAGCAGCAGCACCACCAGCAGUGGACUUGCCUGUGAAGACGCACAAUAAUAAACUCGUGCACGCAAGCAGUCAAAUUAACGUAGACACUGAUAGCAACACUACGAGCGCCGCGUUGCUGCAUGCGCAUCAUUCAACAGUAGGCGGUCUUAAGGAGCGCAUAGCGCUUGCCGAAACGCAUGGUGCUGGGCUCAGGCUCACGACCGAAAACACGUCCAAUGACAAAGACAAGACAAGAGAUUAUGAGGAUGAUGAUUUGGAGUAUUAUGAUUACAAUGCCGAUGAUGAUGAGGCGAACGAGUCGAAUGCGGAGCAACAGCCACUUGCUGUGCCCGAUAUCGGUUAUGGCUACGGUUAUGACAGUGGCAUUGAUGGUGGCAUUGAAGAUGUCGAGUGGCGGCCCGCGCAUGUCACAAGCGAUUAUUUGAGAACGGCACAUCAUCAGCAAUUGCGGCAUAAUCAAGAGCAAUGGCAAGCACAAAUGCAAUUGCAAAGGCGUCAGCAUUGGUACCGCCAAGAGCAACAGCAACAGCAGCAGCAGCAACAACAACAACAAUAUGAAAUCGAACACUCGCGGGUGGCACGCGAUCAUCAUCGCGUACAAUCGGAGGAGUUGCACAACAAUCAUUUGGCAUAUGACACGAGCGCGGAUGAUGAAUAUGCUGAUGAUGAACCUGACAGAGGCUCCAGAGAGAGAGAAGAUAUAUCAAAAACAAAAUUUGAGACCUUGGGUACCCCAGAAGCUGUGCAAAAGGAGCACAAUGCAUAUGUGCAAAGUCAAAAAUCGCCCACCCAGCUGGCCAUCGAGCACUAUAAUCACAUGAAAGUGGCCACUAGAUGUCGCCGUCCAAUACCGCGCGUCAUACACGUUUCCAACUACACUUUCAAAACCUAUCAUCCCUCCUACACUAUUUUGUAUCGCUGCGGCGAGGAUACGGGCUGCUGUCGCUCGAUGGGGCAGACCUGCACUGUCAAAAAGUAUGAGAAUGUGCCACUCUAUUUUAUGGUAGAAUUGGUGAACUCCAGCAACUCGCGCAAGCAUCCCGAAGUCUUGAUGCUGCGCAACGACACCGAAUGCCACUGCAUAAAUCGUACGUACUUGACCUCUACGCCAGAGUUCAUCACACGCGACAAACGUUCCGAUCUCGCGUAUAGGCGACGCACACGUUCGCACAUUGCGGCUUUUGAUGGCACAAUGGAUGCGGCGAAUCAAUUGGAGGAACGCAGUGACCUUGAAUAUGAUAGUGAAAAGAGUCGAGAGGCAGUCUGUCGCUGUCCCAGACACUUCGAUGUGUUCCAAGAGGAUAUUAGAUGGGAGGCAACGCAGCGACGUCAUGAAUCACAAACAAAUGUUGCACGCACCUACAAUUGCCGUUGCGACUGUGCAGACGCUAAUGCAUCGUGUCAGCGCUUCAAGAAUGGUGAUGAGGGCUUCGCAAUGAAUGAUCGCAGAUGCAUUGCUGAGAGGCUGUGCAGUGUACCCAACUGUUCCUUUGGCAUUUACAAUGAACAAAUCGGUCGCUGUCCGCGUUCGAACAGGAAACUCAAACGUCACAAUAACGGCUUCGGCUAAACUGUUAGUAUACACAAAUUUUUACUGUUAAAGUUUUCAGCCAAUUAUGUUUAAACAAAUAAAUUAUAUAAUUUUAAGCGCGUAGUUUAAAGAAAUUUUGUAAAUAUUAUUAUAAGUAAUAUUUAAGCUAUUUUAUUUGAAUGUCAAUUGUACGAGUAUUACUUAUGAUUGCUUAUAAUUACUUAAAUAUACUUAAAUGUAGACUUAAGUUUAAAAUAUGUAAUAAUAAAAUAAAUGUUAUUGCUUUCGCCGACUGAAAUGUAAAGCCAUAUUGAAUUUUCGCCAAUAACCAAGUGAAUGUGUCCCACAUAAAUCAGAAGAAUUUAAAACAAAUAUAAAUAAAUACAUAUUUAUGUAUGUAAUGUAAGAAACAUAUUGUAUUUAAUUUUUUUAAGUAUUUAGUUAAUGUAAUGAUGCUUGAAUAACAAAUGAUUAUGCGGAAAAAAAUU